GGUCCCAGCGGUCAAAAGUCAUUUCAAGGCCAGGGCUCAGCUUAACAGCUCAGGGAGUAUUGCAGUAGUUGUACUACAGUUGUAGUGAAGGCGCGCUUGAGUGGUAUGAGAGGUAUUUGCAACACAACCACCACUACUGCCAUCACAACCAUCACUACUAUUAGCAGUGAAUUAACGUUUCAAGUAAUGCAUUGAAAAGCAACCCAACAGUAGACUAGUUAUGUGUUGGGCUCAGGCAUUAAGGCAUUAGGCAUUACAGCCAUCACAGGCAUCAUUGAUGCCACUGCUGGGCUCCACCACAACCACUACAGCACAGCAUUAUCACCUCUGGUACGGCCACUACUACACCAAACCAUAGUAUGUUUAAUAUAUGUGUAGUCUAUACCUGGCUAUCGGUGCUAUCAGUGCUUUCAAUGGGCAAACAUAUUAACAGUGUUGUUAUGCAGUCAAUGAUUACAAACCAGUUAUAGUUGACAACAACAAAGACAUGACACUAACGAUGGCAGACAUGACCACAACUCUCAUCUAACGACAUAUACUUGCCAUGAAUGACAAGACUGUUCUGAUGACUACAUCUGAUCCAACCAUUGCUUGAAUUGAUUACAGCAUUAUUGGCAACAAAUACAUUGAACACAUGCAAUGUCUAACCAAAUGUGUUCACUUGAUAAUGGUAAGCACUCGAUGUCAUCGAUAGUUAAUUCUUGUAGUCCAUCAAUGAGUUGUUCUCCGUUGACAUCAAAGCCAUUUGGACCUCAUAUGUUAGGAUCGAUGCCAUCGCCGCUAACACUUCCCGGCCAUUCAACUCAUACGGCUUUUCCUUUUCCUCCAAAUCCGUUAUUCUUUAAUCUAUUCAAUCCUCAGUCAUCGAUGUCGUGGUUUUCUAAUCAUAACUCAUUGAGCGCACCAUUAAGUCUAACCACAAAUAAUCCAAAAGAGAUGACUUGCAUUGUUAAUGAUAAUAACAAUAAUAAAAUGGAUAAAUUUAAAGACUCGACGCCAGCAUUGAUUAAACCAAACAAAAUAACAGAUAAGACAAUACACGAACCAAUGGUAACAACAACUGAAGCAUCAAAUAUGAUGAGUUCGGGUAAAUCACCGAUAAGUGAAUCCGAUAGGAUUACAGCCGCGCGUAACCAUUCAGACAACUUGUAUUGGUUAGCAGAUUCAUUGGCUAAUUCAUCGCGAGUGAUGCCAACUGUGCCGUCAUCUCCAACAGCAUCUGUUCACUUGGCUCUACCACUAACUCAUGGGUCAACACAUGCAUCGCAACGUAAUCCAUAUAUACCAUCGUUAGGCAAUGAUAUGACUGGUAGUCAACGUUUAUACUCUCCGAGGUUUGCCUCAAACUCUCCGACAUAUUUUUCAUAUCCGGCGACUAACAGUCCGAUCGGCGGCCCUAUAAAUGGUUUACGUCCGGUGCCAUCCAGUACUCACUUUAACAGUCCUUUUGUGUCAACACUUAAUGCUUAUCAAUCAUAUAGUCCAACAACUGCUCAGAACCCGAUCUCACCAUUUCUAGUGCCAAAUCAAUUGAGUGUAACAAACACUCGACAAACCUAUUCGACGGGUAGUUUCGAGUCGUUUCAUCAAAACCCGCACUCACAGAAUGGCCACAACUCACACAAUGCCAUAUUGUCGACCAACACGUGCUCAAUGGCAUCAACUUCUCGAUCUCCAUCAUUGCAUUCAUCAGAUUCAUCAUCACUGAUAAGCUCUGGUCCAUUCUCUAGCCCUACCAUCAGCUCUGAUUCAGCUGAACCACAGACUAAGUCAAUGAUACGUUCAAUUGAUUUGCAAACUGAUAUCAAUUCAAGAAGUGACACAAACGAGUUGACCAAUUCGGUGACAAUGACUGGCAUUAAACGCAAAUCGCCGUCAAGUCCUGACCUCAGUCUAAAUGAAAAGAAUUUAUAUAAACUUCCGUUUGGUAGAGAAGGUAGUCGUAAGCAUCGCAUCUUAAAGCCGCCAAAUAUCAGUUUAGAUUCAGAAAAAAGUCAAACGAUUGACACACAAUCCGCACCACUAUCUGCUCCACCAAUUCCUGGUGUGCGUCGUCACGAAUUCUUCAACAAAAUGAAUGAUUCAGACAUUAAUCGCUAUCCAAAGGAAACGAUAGCCGAACAAAAUAACUGCCAAAAUAUGUCAUUAGUAUAUCAUCAAAGAAGAAAAUCAGUUCCACAGACAUCAAGCUUUUCUCAUAAAUCAUUUGUGACAUUUGCCACUAAAGAGAAUUCUAAAGAUGGCUCUCAUUUUACUAAUGAGAACUCUUUGCCUAAUGAAGACAGCAAUCGACUUCAAUAUCCCACAUAUUUUCAAAGGGGAUCUAUUAUUCAAUUGGGAAACGGAGACGUCAAACGUGUUGAAGACAUGUGUACUCAAGAUUUCAUAGAUAGUGCCACUGAUAGUCGUGACUUAUGCGCCGAUUGUAGUGAAGUAAUGAAAAUUGAAGAAAAAAUAAAGAACUGUUCUGUGUUACUAAGCUUUAGUGUUGGUCGAGACAAAGUGCCCGUCACUGUGGAGGCACCCGUCGAACACCCAUUCUUUGUAUUUCAUAAAGGAUGGUCUUCAUACUCACCUGAGAGGUCACAUCAUAGAUAUGGUCUUAAAUGCCGAAGACUCAGAGUUGGAGAUAAUUGUGUUUCACUUACUCCAAGAAAUUCUUUGACUCAAAAUCAAAGAACACACAAAAGUAUGAGAAAUAAAGUCAUGACAUCUGAAGAAUUGCAUCAAAAGAAAUACAAAAUAAAACAAAAAAUCUUAAGUCCUCCUUCAGAAACACCGUUAUCUUUAGUGAAAAGUUCAGCACCGGUUACAACAGGUUCAACACAGAUGGCCACUACCAUCACCACCAGUGCUAUUGAAGCAAAAGGUUCAAUGAUUACUCUUAAUGACGACAAAUCCAAACCUAACGAGCUUUUAGUAAAUAAAGUCGAAAGCAGUUUAUCGAAAGUGCCCGAAGUAUCGGAAUUGUCCGAUGUGUCCAAUCUCUCAGAAUCAGUGCCAAUGAAUUCAUCAAAUAUUGAAGAAACUGUUAAAACAGUUGAUAGAAACAGAAGACACUCAGCUCCUGAUGCUAUAGAUAUAGAGUCAGAGCCUUCAAAAGCCUCAUAAAAUGAGAUUUAAAUGAUCUCAUUAUAACUUUAUUUUUUUAUUAUUUAGUAUUAAUUAUUUUCUAUAAAUAUAUUAUGGGGUUAAACAUAUAUAACUAAUGGAUUCAUAUAUAUUAUUAAUAUGUAUAUAUAUAUAUAUAGUA